AUGAGAUUGAUAAUUUUUAUUGGACUUUUUGUAAACUGUUUAUGUCAUGGAAUAUACAAGCACAGACAAGUCCGAGCCGUAAUUAAUGGCGACAAUAAUGUAGUGGAUAGUUACCUGGAAAAAUUCGGUUACAUGGCACCUGCUAAAUCAUUGAAACUACAUUCAACCGCCGAGAGGACAGAAUCUCUAAAAGCCUUCCAAAAGUUUAACAAACUCCCGGUAACAGGACAGUUAGACGAUGCUACUAUAGAAAAAAUGAACACACCGAGAUGUGGUCUUCCAGAUAUGAAGGUUGGGACAGACGGUUUACCCAAACCAUUUGUAACUGGUCCAAAAUGGAGGAAAAAGAGUUUAUCAUGGAGAAUUACAAAGUACACCAGCGAUUUGUCAAAUUCAGUAGCAAGAUCUGAAAUAGAGAGAUCGAUGCUAGCUUGGUCUGAUGUGGCAGAUUUGACCUUUACAGAGGUAACCACUGGACAGGAUCUUAACAUUAGAUUUGAAUCUGGAAGUCACGGUGAUGGUAGCGCUUUUGACGGUAGAGGUGGAGUUCUUGCUCAUGCAUUUUUCCCUGAAAAUGGAAGAGUACAUUUUGACGAAGGUGAAACAUGGGUUGUAAACAGAACCGGUAUUGACCUAUUUAUCGUUAGUGCCCAUGAAUUUGGACAUGCUCUUGGGCUGGAUCAUUCUGAAAAUAACGAUGCUUUAAUGGCACCAUUUUACACCGGAUAUAUACCCGACUACAAACUCCGUCCUGAUGAUAUAGCUGGAAUACGAUCCUUAUAUGGUGCUCAACAGACGCCAGCACCAACUCAACCACCAACUCAAGCUCCAACUCAGCCACCAACACAGCCACCAACUCAAUCACCAACUCAGCAACCAACACAGCCACCAACCCAACCACCAACUCAACCACCAACUCAACCUCCAACUCAACCACCAACUCAACCUCCAACUCAACCACCAACUCAAGCUCCAACUCAGCCACCAACACAGCCACCAACACAGCCACCAACUCAACCACCAACCCAACCACCAACUCAACCUCCAACUCAACCACCAACUCAAGCUCCAACUCAGCCACCAACACAGCCACCAACACAGCCACCAACUCAACCACCAACCCAACCACCAACUCAACCACCAACUCAACCACAAACUCAACCUCCAACUCAGCCACCAACUCAGUCACCAACACAGCCACCAACACAGCCACCAACACAGCCACCAACUCAACCACCAACACCUGCACCGACGCCAGCAGUGGACAACAGACCUAGACUUUGUAAACUUCGUUAUGAUGCCACGGUCAGAGAUGCAGAUGGAAACUAUUUGUUCUUUUUGUUACGUCGUUUUGUAUUGGUAUUGGAUGAGGAAAAUGGAUUAGAACGCGGAACAUUAACAAGCAGAUUGUUUCGAGGAGCUCCACGACGACAUAGUAGUGUGUUUAGGAUACCACAGACAGAUAAAACAUACUUUUUACGGGGACGAAGAGUGUAUGAAUUCAACUCGGAGGGAAGACGUACAAGGAUGUUUUGGAUCAGAGGAGGACGAAGCAGUAUGCCCGAGAGACCACGUGCUGCAUUUGCUAUGAACGAAAAUCGAGUUUAUAUCCUUGGUUCAACUAAAGUGUGGCAAAUAGAUUUAUCAACCAGACGUAUGGUUGCUGAUUCUGAGAAGCUAAUUACAGAACAGUUUCCAGGAUUAACAGAAGAAUGUGAUUCAGCUAUGCUUUACGAUGAUGCUACAGUUUAUUUCUUCCGAAGUAAUAUGUACUAUACUUUUGACAUGCAACAAAACACUCUUGCUGGACCAUACGACGCCGCAUCACAUUUCAUAAAGGACCAAUGUACAUUGUAGAUAAUGGAUGACACGAACAAAGUGACAAUUACAUAUAUGUUCCUUUUCCUGUUCUUAAAACACUACAUGUGCUUGAAAACCAAUCAUUAUUCAUCAAAUCAGUUGCCAUCUAUUGUUAUGUGAUAUUUAACUGAUACACGAAUGUUUUAAUUGCUUUAAUCUUAAAAAUGUUUCAUCUGAAUAGAAGAAUUAAAAUUGUAAAAAACA